CCAUUCCUUGGGAGAACGCACCUUGGGACCGAACUUGCACAUACUUCCAGAGCGGAAAAUGUUCAAGCAUGGCGAAGCCAGUUGAUCGCAUAAUCUAUGGAACUCAUCAAUGCUUAUCAGGUUCAAAUUAUGCAUUAGAAGCCAAACCGUCGAAGUUUGCCAGGGAAGGAAACGGAGCUCAUAUCUGAAUGUGCCAGCCUGGUGAUAUUGGUUAACGGUACACCUCAAAUUAACCUCAACAGCCGGCCACUAAAUGCUACAACAGGUGAAAUGGUCCUAUCAAGCACGGCAACAACAACUAUGCGUCAUGUACCGACUCCGGCACAGUGACAACAGAGGCUCAAAUCUUCCGUGGACGAAAGGCUUCUUGACAUUCCGAGCCUUGCGCCUUUCCGUGGUAGCCAAGGAAGGGCCCACCUCGUCGAACGGGGAAUUGCGGGUGGCGGGUCGCGAUCACCCGGGCCUGACACUGACUCUCCAGCACUCUCCAUUCCUCCAUUCGAAAAAAGCAACUUCAACGCCCUAUUAUGCAGCUCCAUUGUCGCUGAUCUCAAGGUUUUCCGCCAUAGCCGCUGUGUUGAAGUUUGAGUCUUCGUGGUGCGGGGUCUACCGACACGACUCGUUGCGUCCGCAACUAUGCUGUAGUUACGCCAUUCCAUAUCUCUUUUCUACUUUCUUAUACUGUAAAGAUAGUGGACUUGAACCUGAAAUAGUCUACGGAAAUUCUUGGACCUUGAGGUACCCUGGUAAUUUGGAACUGCCGAAGAAGCCAGCACUUACUGUCUUUAUUAAGAAACAAUUGGAGCAGCUAGGUUUUAGAAAUUGUAGUGGAAGCUAGUACUAUUGAUUGGAGAGGCAGAGAUUUUUAGGAGGAAAUCUGUGUGUCUAGCUCCUGUACGGAGUGAUUCAUCUGCAUAUUAAGAUUUUUUAUAGAAAUGCUGCGGUCACAGAAUAUGUGCUGCUGAAGUGAUAUCUAUCCCUUUUCAUAGAGAGAUUUACGAAUGAGUUUAUGACUUCAAUGAAUCUUCUCCACUUAGCACCAUCGUGUGAAGACUAAAUCACCAAUCUUGACGAUGUGGAAGCAAUGCUAUACUUGACUUUUGAUACUGAAGCCCUUGUGGAAAACUUACAGUGCAACUUUUCGAGUGAGAAAGUUUUUGGAUCAAGGAGAGCCCACUGUGAAUGACAUAUCCUCAAAUAUGAUGCAUAGAUUGUUCAAGACCUGUCAUGUGGGGACUAAAUGCUGCUUAUUAACGUUGAUUUGGUCCUUCGCAACUUGGAUUGUCAUUUUCCAGGUUUACCAUGUGCUCUUUCCUUCUAAGUCAGAGAUCCCAGAGCUACGAAAGUCACAGCUAAUGGAUUCGGUGAACGUCUCUCCUGAUAUCAGCGCCUUCCAAUCUGCAUUAAAACAUGUCAGUAUCAGAGGAGAACCACUGAUGAAAGAAUCUUCUAGUGUUCAAAUUAGAGAAAAUUCCUCACUCAAGAAUAAUACAAGAAACCGUGCUGUGGAAGAAGCUAAAUUGCUGCGCUUGAAAAAAUUAGCGGGAUUAUUAUUUCCAAGUAAAGCACUGUCAAUGGAUGCAUCGAAGGCAAAUCAUAGUGAAGUUGGGAUCUACUAUCCAGGCAGGGAAUGGCGAGAUAUUGCUGGUCAUCCUAUCCAAGCACAUGGUGGAGGUAUAAUUUACGUACCAAAAAGUGAAACAUUUUUUUGGUAUGGGGAAAAUAAAGGGGGACGGACAUACCACUUAAGCAAGCGCGGAACAGCUCGAGUUGAUGUUUUAGGUGUAAACUGCUACUCAUCUAAGGAUCUAUGGUCCUGGAAGUUUGAAGGUCGAGCACUUAAGGGCGAGUACAGAAAUAAAAAAAGUGAUUUGUACGUAAAGAAUGUGGUUGAGCGGCCCAAGGUCAUCUACAAUGACCGUAGCAAGCUGUAUGUGAUGUGGAUGCACAUAGAUAAUGGAACUUACUCCAAGGCUGCAAUUGGUGUGGCUGUGAGCACACAUCCUGUAGGUCCCUUUGAGUACCUCGGAAGCAAGAGACCCCAUGGUUGUGACAGUCGUGACAUGACGGUGUUUAAAGACGAUAAUGGGGACGCCUACAUCGUCUAUUCCUCACAAAUCAACAAUGAGUUGCAUGUAGGGAAACUAACAGAAGACUACCUGGAUGUAAUGGAGAGAGGGAUGGAGAAAAUAUUUAUAAAGCAACGCAGAGAGGCCCCAGCCGUUUUCAAGCACAAAAGUAUAUACUACAUGCUGACGUCUGGUUGUACUAGUUGGAACCCCAAUGGCGCUUUGAUACACGCGUCAACUUCAAUGCUGGGGCCUUGGGUGACAAUUGGUGAUCCGUGUGUAGGAGGAGACGAGGAGUUAAGAACAUUGACUUUCUUUUCACAAGGUUCAUUUGUGUUGCCUUUACCUGGAUUACAAGAUACCUUCAUAUUUAUGGGAGACAGAUGGUUGCCCUCUGAUUUGAGGGAUUCUCGAUAUGUUUGGCUGCCAUUGACAAUGAACGGGCCUCUUUAUCAAGGUGUGUCGACGGAUAUUCACUUCCCGCAGUUGCAAAGAGUGUCUAUACGCUGGGCAGACGAAUGGAAGCUCCCUCAAGGCUGGAACAACUCUCAGAAUCUUUGAUGUUCUCUUAGCAGCUUACUAGUUAACCAUUCAAUACCGUAAGAUGGAUCAAUAGCCACUACAAAUCCAUCUGUGUUAACCCAACUUUAGAAAUUUGACCCACUAAUGACAACAGAGUAAGCAAGCACCUCAGAUUCGAACAUCUUCAAAACUCUCAAGCAUUGAAGACACCAAGAAGAAAAUUGAGUUGAAACAAAACAGCACAGUUAUCCUACUCCACAACCCAAAUUUUAGAGCAUACGACUAGCAUUGUUCCGACAUUGCUUGGAAGUAUCUGACGGUAAUGUGUGCCAUUUCUGUAGUUUCUGGUAUGUAGUGUCCGGUAAUCCUUCAACACCGUAUUUCAUCGCCAUGGUAUCACCUUCUCCCCCAAAGCUGUGGUCCAUAACUUCCGUAUUCAACUGAAUAUUUACUUGUUCGGCGAUUGGAAAGGUUUUCAUUGUGGACGGUCAGACUCUAACACCAGAUCUCAUAUUUGUCGUGGCUUUUCAGCCGAGAAAAAGCGCACAUGUUGAACCCGAUGGGGUAAACAGAUGAACGGUUGCUGUACAUGACGAACCUUCAAUCAUUUGAGCCUGCUCUGCAGGGCUUAGAUGGAUGUAAGAAUAUGCCAACAGAAUCCCCAGUCA